GGACGAAAAUUUGGCGAAGAGCUCUCAGAGAAAGGGGGUUUAGAGGUUUUUUCUAUAUUUCCAGUUUAUAGCUUCUUCUCCCUGACGGCCGCCCCUUCCUCAAUCUUCUCCGCUAUUAGGGUUGAGAAUGGCAGGGAAGUCAAACAAAUCGAGAAAUAAAAAAGCGUCACAGCCACAGGGGUCACAGAAUUCUACAAACACUGUAGUAGAGCCCGUUGCAUCUACUGAUGUUCCCAAGAACGAUGUAUCUACUGAUGAUGUUCCCUUGAAAGAUGAUUCAAGUGCUGUUGAGUCUUCUAGUGUUGUUGUUAAUGGAGUUUCUUCUAAUGAAGAUUCAAGCAAUAGCAAUCCCGAGGCAGUGGAGGUUCAAUCAGAAAAUUCAACAAAUCAAUCAAAGCAAGCUGAAGGUGACAUUCAUCUCUAUCCCGUCUCUGUCAAAGCUCAGUCAGGGGAGAAGUUGGAGUUACAAUUAAAUCCAGGAGAUUCUGUGAUGGAUCUGAGACAGUUCCUCCUUGAUGCUCCGGAGACGUGUUACAUUACUUGCUAUGAUUUAGUACUGCACACCAAGGUUGGCUCUGCUCAUCAUCUAGAGGAUUACAAUGAAAUUUCUGAAGUCGCCGAUAUCACAACUGGUGGUUGCUCCUUGGACAUGGUUCCUGCACUCUAUGAUGAUAGAUCCAUAAGGGCUCACGUUCAUCGUUCUAGAGAAUUGCUUUCUCUGGCUAUUCAUCAUGCCUCUUUAUCAACUUCACUUGCACUGCAGCAUGAGAUGUUGCAAAACAAACCCGCAGAAUCAGAAUCAGUAAAAGCUGAAGCCCCGCAGCUUGAUGGUUUGGGUUUUAUGGAGGAUGUUACUGGCUCGUUAAGUAAUUUGGUUUCUUCUUCAUCCAAGGAAAUCAAAUGUGUUGAAAGUGUUGUUUUCUCUUCAUUCAAUCCUCCUCCAAGUCACAGGAGGCUUGUGGGAGAUUUGAUUUAUAUCGAUGUUGUUACCGUGGAAGGCAAUAAAUACUGUAUUACGGGAACUACAAACUCGUUUUAUGUGAACUCAAGCAUAGGAAACUCCCUUGAUCCAAGGAUGUGUAAACCUGCUUCUGAAGCGACAACACUAAUUGGUCUCCUACAGAAGAUUAGUCCCAAAUUUAAGAAAGCUUUCCGUGAAAUAUUGGAGCGGAAGGCCUCUGCGCACCCUUUUGAGAACGUGCAGUCCCUGCUAGAACCGAAUUCAUGGCUUGGCGCAUAUCCUGUUCCUGAGCAUAGACGGGAUGCAGCUAGAGCAGAGGAUGCUUUUACUCUAUCGUACGGCAGUGAGCUAGUUGGCAUGCUUAGAGACUGGAAUGAGGAAGUUCAGUCGUGUCGCGAGUUUCCCCACACUUCACCUCAAGAACGGAUCUUGCGUGAUAGGGCUCUCUAUAAGGUGACUUCUGAUUUUGUCAACGCUGCAAUUAGUGGUGCUGUUGGAGUUAUCAGCAGAUGUAUACCUCCCAUUAAUCCAACUGAUCCAGAGUGUUUUCACAUGUACGUUCACAACAACAUAUUCUUCAGUUUCGCUGUUGAUGCGGACCUCGGUCAGCUAUCUAAAAGUUCGAGUGUUAAGUUAAAAUCAGUGAACAUAAGCUCUUUGUCUGAUUCGUCCGAGAAGGCUUGUUGCAAUCAUGGAGGCUGCAGUGAUUCACAUGUGGAGAAAACUAACUGCUCCAAUUUAGAGGAAGAUGGGUGCACUGACUCACAGCUGGCUGACAGUGAACAGGCCACUUAUGCUUCUGCUAACAAUGACCUAAAGGGUACUAAAGCAUAUCAGGAAGCUGAUGUUCCUGGACUUUAUAAUCUUGCCAUGGCCAUAAUUGAUUACAGGGGUCACAGAGUAGUGGCACAGAGUAUUAUUCCUGGCAUCCUUCAAGGAGACAAAUCAGACUCACUUUUGUAUGGUUCAGUUGACAAUGGCAAGAAAAUCUGUUGGAAUGAAACAUUUCACUCCAAGGUGCUAGAAGCUGCAAAGCGUCUUCAUUUGAAGGAACAUACUGUUCUUGACGCAUCUGGUAAUGCUGUCAAACUUGCUGCACCCGUGGAGUGCAAGGGUAUUGUCGGUUCUGAUGACAGACAUUAUCUUCUGGACUUGAUGAGAGUUACUCCUCGAGAUUCAAAUUUUACAGGGCCCGGGACUAGAUUUUGUGUUUUGAGGCCUGAACUUGUUGCUGCCUUUUGCCAGGCUGAAGCUGCAGAGAGGUCACAAGUUAGUUCCGUACCUGAUGGAGAGGUACCUGUCACUGAUGCUGUCAGUCGAAUUAAUGAUUCCAAAGAGGGUGUUGAGGCAGUUGACACAGAUUCCAAUAGUGAGGAUAAAAUCGAGGAGGCAGAGGUCAAAGCUGCACAAGAAAUUAAGAUAGAAAAAGCUGACAAUGGUGUCAUUUCUGAGGAGAUACUGUUGAACCCCAAUGUCCUUACAGAAUUUAAAUUGGCAGGGAGUGAAGAAGAGUUGGCCGCAGAUGAGGAAAAUGUGAGAAAAGCUGGCUCAUAUCUUAAAGAUGUUGUUCUCCCCAAGUUUGUGCAAGAUCUUUGCACGCUUGAAGUUUCUCCUAUGGAUGGCCAGACUCUAACUGAAGCACUCCAUGCUCAUGGAAUCAACGUUCGUUAUAUUGGAAAAGUGGCUAAUAUGACAAAGCAUUUACCUCAUAUAUGGGAUCUCUGUGCUAUUGAGAUUGUUGUUAGAUCUGCCAAACACAUUCUCAAGGAUCUUUUGAGACUCUCACAGGAUCAUGACAUAGGGCCAGCGAUUUCACAUUUCUUCAACUGUUUCUUUGGAAAUGGUCAGCCCGAGGGCUCAAAAUCCCAAAAGAAGGAUCAAGCUUCUGGUAAGUCUUCCAAAGGCCAAACAAAGUUGAAAGCUGGAGCUUCUGAAAAAAAGAAUCAGUCUUCAUAUGCACGUAUAACUCAUGAAGCCUUAUGGUCUGAUAUUUGCGAAUUCGCAAAGUUCAAAUAUCAGUUUGAGUUGCCCGAGGACGCAAGACAACGGGUGAAAAAAGUCUCAGCUAUUCGUAAUCUGUGCCAAAAGGUUGGCAUAACAAUUGCCACACGCAAGUAUGAUCUUGAAGCUGCAGCACCCUUUCAAACGUCGGAUAUCUUGAAUCUCCAACCUGUAAUUAAGCAUUCAAUUCCGGUAUGCUCAGAAGCUAGGGAUCUUGUGGAAACAGGGAAGGUUCGAUUGGCUGAGGGAAUGCUUAAUGAAGCCUACACGUUGUUUUCUGAAGCGUUUUCUAUUCUACAGCAAGUUACUGGUCCCAUGCAUCGCGAGGUUGCCAAUUGCUGCAGGUACCUGGCGAUGGUUCUAUAUCAUGCUGGAGACAUGGCAGGAGCUAUUUCACAGCAGCACAAAGAGCUGAUCAUAAAUGAGCGUUGCCUCAGUUUGGACCACCCUGAUACUGCUCACAGCUAUGGAAAUAUGGCUCUUUUUUACCAUGGACUUAAUCAAACAGAGCUCGCUUUGCGACACAUGUCUCGAACAUUGCUCUUGCUGAGUUUGUCGUGUGGGCCAGAUCAUCCUGACGUGGCUGCAACAUACAUAAACGUUGCAAUGAUGUACCAGGAUAUAGGCAACAUGAAUACAGCUCUUCGCUAUUUGCAGGAAGCCCUUAAAAAGAACGAGCGACUUCUUGGUGAGGAGCAUAUUCAGACUGCUGUAUGUUAUCAUGCUUUAGCUAUUGCAUUCAACUGUAUGGGUGCAUUCAAACUCUCACUCCAGCAUGAAACAAAAACUUACGACAUACUUGUCAAGCAACUUGGGGAAGAAGAUUCUAGGACGCGUGAUUCUCGGAACUGGAUAGAGACAUUUAGAAUGCGUGAGCUUCAGCUGAAUGCACAAAAGCAAAAGGGACAAGCAGUAAAUGCUACUUCCGCUCAGAAGGCCAUUGAUAUCUUAAAGGCUCAUCCUGACUUGAUACAAGCUUUCCAAGCUGCCACAGCAGGAGGUUCGGGGAAUCUGAAUGCAUCCAACAAUAAAUCCCUUAAUGCAGCGAUAAUGGGAGAAACAGUUCCUCGGGGUAGGGCUGGCGACGAACGUGCUGCUCGUGCAGCGGCAGAGGCUAGGAAGAAAGCAGCCGCAAGAGGCCUACUUGUACGUCCACAUGGUGUUCCAGUCCAAGCUUUACCUCCGCUCACACAACUACUUAAUAUCAUCAACUCUGGAAUGACUCCAGAAGGUGAAGCAGAAGAAUCCAAGAAAGAGCCUACUAAUGGAGACGCUACUACAAAUGGUCGUGAAGUCAAAGAGAACGGAUCUUCAUUGGUCCAAGAACCUCAGGCCCCUGUUGGAUUGUCUGGAUCUACAGUGGACCCGAAGAAGCAAAAAGUGAAAACAAAAGCGGUAUCCUAAAUUUUGUUGAGAGAAAAAAGAGAAUGGUUGUUAACCAAGAAACCUAACCUUAGUUUUGGUACCUUGAGGUGAGUUUUAGAGACUUAUUUCGUAAUUCUUUUGUAUUCAUGCGAAUCCAUUGGUACUUAUCUCUUCUUCAUUAGAGAUGUGAAGCUAUUCCACACUUCCAAUGGUUGCAUUAGUUUAGUGUGCAAGUGCUCAUGACAGAAUCCUGUUUUGUCAUUCAUUCUUCAUUAUUAUUUAGGCUUAGUAUAAAAUGCUUUGGAUCUCAAGGAGAGGUGAUCCAAAUCCGUUAAUGUUACACUUAAUUGCUAAAAAUAUCAUGAAUUCAGCUAGUCUCCUAUAUUUCGUGUAAUAGUUGUGUAGGAGUAAACAGAAAUGAACCACUCUACAAAUUAAUAUUCAUAAUUGGCCAAAUUUAUUGCAA